AUGGAUCAAACGGGUCAACAUAACGGGUCAACCUCUGGAAUGAAAUUUAGCAACCAAACUCUCCCAGUAUUUGUGGAUCCUAACCUGAUCAGCAAUUUGAGAGUCAGUGAUAAUACCUUCAUAAAUGGGACUAGUCCUAAUGAUGUCACUCCUGUUUCUACCCGUUCAAAUCCGUAUGUCCAAAUCCAAUCAUCCGAAGGCAGCCCUCACGAGGAUCUCGAUCUUAGUGAUAUGGUUCUCAAGUACAUAAACCACAUCCUCAUGGAAGAGGACGUGGAAGAAAAGGCCUCCAUGUUCGAAGAGUCGGCAGCUCUUCAAGCCGCCGAGAAAUCAUUCUACGAGGUCAUCGGCAAACAAUACCCUAUUUCCAAACACUACAGUAGUAAGCGUGUCCUCGAUCUGAAUCAGACCUUUGUGGUGGACCCCUCCGAAAAUUCAUCAAACAGCACGAAAACCUUGUCCCCUGACUGGAAUUAUGAUGCCACUAAUGUUGUCCCUUCACAAUCUUCGCAUAGUUCGUCGAGCAGCAAUGGCACCAUUACCGACUUCCCCAUCGAUUCUCCCGUGAGCACCUUAAAAAUUCCCGAUAUAUUUUCCGAUAGUCGAUCGGCUAUGCAGUUUAAGAAAGGAGCAGAGGAAGCAAGCAGAUUCCUACCUACCGACAGCAAACUUGUUCUUAAUCCACUUGAGAAGGCACAAAAUCCAUCCUCAGUAUCGAGGGGAAAAAGGAACCCUCCCCACGAAACCCCAGGCUUGCAAGAGGACGAAAGGAGUAACAAACAAUCAGCCAUCUACACAGAGUCGAACGUGAGUCCCGCCAUGUUCGACAUGGUUCUUUUAUGCAGCGAUGGGAAAAACGAGCAAGCCAUCCGUGAAGAACUCAUCGAGGUCACCAAAAGCACCCCACCGCAUAACAUCCCGCCGCACGAGCCGGACACUGGAAAAAACACGACCAAGAAAAAAAAACGAGGCAAAAGAAAUGUCGUCGACAUGCGGACACUUUUGACCCUAUGCGCACAGGCUGUGGCGGCCGAUGACCGCCGAACGGCAUCCGAAUUUCUCAAACAGAUUCGACAGCACUCGAGCCCAACAGGCGACGGCAUGCAGAGGCUGGCCCAUUACUUCGCCCAGGGCCUCGAGGCCCGUUUGGCCGGGUCCGGCACACAGAUAUACAAAUCCCUCUUCAAUAUGCCAACAUCGGCUGCCGACUUCCUCAGAGCCUACCACAUAUACCUCGCCACCUGUCCCUUCCGGAAGCUCUCGAAUUUCUUCUCGAACCGGACCUUCAUGAACGUGGCCAGCGACGUCUCGACUCUCCACAUCGUCGACUUCGGCAUUCUCUACGGCUUCCAGUGGCCAUGUUUGAUACAGCGCCUCUCGACCAGGCCCGGCGGGCCCCCGAGGCUCCGGAUCACAGGGAUUGACUUUCCUUGCCCGGGCUUCCGACCCGCGGAGCGGGUCGAAGAAACGGGCCGACGCCUGGCCCGUUACGCGGAGACCUUCAAAGUCCCGUUCGAGUUCAACGCCAUUGCCCAGAAGUGGGAGACGGUCAGGCUCGUUGAUCUCGGGAUUAAGAAUGACGAGACAGUUGUGGUCAACUGCCUGUACAGGUUCCGGAACCUUUUAGACGAGACGGUGGUGCUCAACAGCCCGCGUAAUGUUGUGUUGAGCCUCAUCAGGCAGAUGAACCCGGCCGUUUUUGUGAUGGGGAUAGUGAACGGGGCCUAUAACGCGCCUUUUUUCAUCACGAGGUUUCGGGAGGCGCUUUUCCAUUACUCGUCGUUUUUCGACAUGUUGGACGAGAAUAUCCCUAGGGAGACGCCCGAGCGAGUGCUGCUGGAGAAGUCGAUAUUGGGUCGGGAGGCGAUGAACGUGAUCGCGUGCGAGGGGGCGGAGAGGAUCGAGAGGCCCGAGACGUACAAGCAGUGGCAGGUGAGGAAUAUGAGGGUGGGGUUCGAGCAGCUGCCGCUGGAUGAGGAGCUGAUGAGGAUAGCGAGGGGGAGGGUAAAAUCGUCAUAUCACAAGGAUUUCAUCGUGGAUGAGGACGGGCACUGGCUGCUGCAGGGGUGGAAGGGGCGUAUUGUGUACGCGCUUUCGACGUGGAGGCCCGCUUGUUGA